AUGACCUUCCCUCCCCCUCCCCCUUCCUCCCAAUCGUCGAUUGCUUCUGGCACCGAUAAGUCUUCCUCCACCCGGCCUGGAAGGUCACAGCAAUCUGCCUGGGGUUUAGCUGCAUCUCAGUCGAACGUUCGUCGGGGACUGACACCGCUUGCGACCAACAACCUCGCUUCGACCUCAAUCUCCUCUGCAUCUUCCCGCGGGCCACCCCAGUCCAGUAGUCCUGGUCAAGGUGGUUCAACGUCCUCUCCCCUCGCUUCGUCCUUUUCCGCAGUUCUGAGUUCCUCACGAAGCCACCCAGCUGGCCGGAACGCGCCCUCGCCUGCCUCCACGCCGUCGCCUUUCACCGCCUUACAAUCUGGAUCGCAACAGCAUCAGCAACCCGGACAAUCACUAUCUUCUCCCAAAUUCAGAGCACACACCCCAUCUUCAGCCUCACAUCUGGCUUCCACAGCGGGUUCUGUCACGGGUGGUGGAGGCUCCGGGGGCGGAGGUGGGACGGGAUCUUCCAGAGGCGCCACCUUCUCUCCAUUAUUGUCGGGAACGACUGUGAACUCGCCGACCGGAUUCCCUUCUGACAAACCGGGCUCGACUGCGUCAGGGGCAGCCGCUCACGCAAGCCAGUCGUCGCUGACGAAGAUAUCUAUCGCUCAGGUUUUCCUUCUCCUUGAUUCUAUCACGGAGAAGGAAGGUCGAGAAAAGUGGGAGACAAAAGCUGCUCAGAUCCACAAACUUGUUGAGUCGAACGGCAUGGAGGUUUUCUCUAAAUAUUUCCGACGCCUUCUCACAGGCAAUGCCCCGCAAAUCUUUCCAGGGGUCAACAAGUCUGUGGAAAACGCCGGCAACUACCCUCUCCUCGUCCAGGAGAUGCAUAAAGUCUCCCAAGACAAAGAACAAGCCUACAAAAUUGCGGAGACGAUCGAUACCUCGGAAGGCGAUAUUUUCCGUGACUUCGAUCUUUCUACGUUUUUAGACCAUUUUAAGCUCGAUGCCGUGGUCAAAGUAUCCCUUGCUCUGGCCUUUAAGACGGCCAAUAAAUCAGAUUUGCGUGCUAAGGCUGAUGCAAUCCUCUCGAACAAUGCAAUCACCUUCCUGCAAAGCCUGGCAUCGCCAUCUGAUGUUACGAAGGAAUAUACGGAUUCCUUCAUCGGCAUGACGAUCGAGCGCUUCAUCUUAUACCCUCCGCGCAAUUUUACUGACGACGUGAAGGCCAAGCUUGUGUAUGCAGCCAACCUUCGAUAUCAGAAGCUGGGUGUAGAUGUGCCUUUUGAGGUUGCCUCUGCCCUGCAAAUGUUCAACUUCAUCAAUCCCAGAUAUACGUUGGUGCGCCAGCUUCAUGCAAAGGGACCAAAGGCAACUUCGAGCCCUGAAGUUGUGACUGAGGUGAUCAACUCUGCUGGCACCGAGUGCUGGAAUGAGGAACAUAUCGCUAGUGCUCUACUCUUCCUCGUCCUUUCUCAAUAUUGGAAUGAGUUCUCAUUGGAGACUUUCCUUACUGCCGUCAAGGGGCAUUACGGGGAAAAGCAAAUCAGCUGGCCUCUCAUAUUCCGGAAUUUUGACCGUGAGGGCCUGAGAUUGGAUGCUAGGCAUUUUGCCAAGCUGUACGCGGUUCUCUUAACCGCUGCGUCUGACGACUCUACCUUGGACAUUCAAAAGCUCUGGGGUGGAGACUGGGAACACCGUGAUACGCAGCUUUCAUUUCUCACGGCUUUUAUUGUUUCGCGAACCGACGUGUCGCAGAUUCCCAACCUUCAUGCUACUUUCCCACCUGACUUCUUUGUGGACAGUCCUGAGCCUGUGCGCCUACAAGGCGAACGCGCAGCAAAAUCCCCUUUGCGGUCUCUAGAUGCCAUGAGAGCCAUAUUUGACCUGGCGCUAUUUUCCCAGGCUUCGUGGGCUGCUACCGAAAGUCAGUUGCUGAUCAAGUCGGUCGUGCAGUAUGACCUGCCUGUUUUCUUGUGUUCAGCGUUGGCCCUUCCUCAGCCAUGGACGAGCGUUCAGCAGAGUUUCGUACUUCGGACGCUGAUCGUUUUCAUAUUGAAGCAGGAGGAGGGGUAUCAACUCGCUCUCCAUGGGGCGUGGCAUCAGGAUAAGCAGUGGGUAUCGGAGCAGCUAUUCACUACAUUCACGCAGGACCCGACUUCUACGGCUGCUAUCUACGAGCAUGCUGUGGAAUAUAGCUGGCUGGAUUAUCUUCUGAGAUAUACCAACGGCCUCGCCAUGGACCUCGCUUGCUACGCCCAUCGUAAGGGCCCUUUUGACCUGGAACAAUGGGUUCGCAAUGCUGCUCAAAAGGGACCUAUGGACAUGGGAAGCCUACUGUCAAAGUUCUUGAGAAUCAAGGCAGAGGACGAACUUCAUGUUCAGAGAAAGGAACAGCCGGCUCCACAGAUGGUCAGCCUCUCGGUUAAGACGGUAUACACCCUACUGUCUGUUCUGGAAGAAUACGUCGGAGAUCGUGAAAACCUCACCCCUGUACAACGGAUCUGCAUCCAGACUUACCCCAGGUUGAUUAACUAUGGAGAAGGGUUUGAUGAUAUCAUCGACUCCAACGGUGAGAAUGGGAAUUCUUUGCCCGAGACCAUCGACAAGCAAAUGCAAGAGCUGUUUGGCAAAAUGUAUCACGAGGAGUUGUCGUUGAGGGAAAUCCUCGAAUUGAUGAGACGGUACAAAUCCUCGCGCGAACCGACUGAGCAGGAUCUGUUCGCGUGCAUGGUCCACGGCCUUAUUGAUGAGUACCAUUGCUAUCAGGAAUAUCCACUGGAAGCCUUGACCAAGACCGCUGUUAUGUUUGGCGGUAUCAUCAAUUUCCGGCUUGUUGAUGGCAUCACACUCAAGGUUGGCCUGGGUAUGAUUCUGGAGGCAGUACGGGAGCAUGAAAUGCACGACCCGAUGUACAAAUUUGGCGUUGAAGCAAUUGAACAAUUGAUGAGCCGUCUGCCAGAGUGGGCUGGUUUCUGUCAUUUGUUACUUCAAAUUCCGGCCUUGCAGGGCACGCCGAUCUUCCAAAAAGCUGAAGAGGUUCUGCAUGAACAAGGCAGUCAAGUGAGAGAUUCUGAGUCUGGAAGGCUAGACAGUAAUGUGUCCGUCCCAUCCAUGGCUAAUGGGAAUAUGGAUGAAGCGGCAGCUGCGGAUGGGCCCGGCCGCAAAUUCAUUUCCGUGCACGUUGAUCCGCCUUUACGACCAGAUGUCUAUCAAAACCCGGAUGAGGAAGUUCAGGAUAAGAUAUUGUUUGUGCUGAACAACGUGUCGGAGCAGAAUAUGGAAGAGAAACUACGGGAUCUUACGGAUGUUCUCCGCGACCAGCAUCACCAGUGGUUUGCUUCUUACUUAGUGGAAGAACGUGCAAAGCUACAGCCAAAUUUUCAACAGCUGUAUCUGGAUCUUCUUGACCGCAUCAACGAUAAGAUCUUGUGGGGGGAAGUUCUCCGAGAAACCUAUGCCAGUGUGUCCAAGUUGAUCAAUUCCGAAGCAACAUUAAACUCUUCAACUGAUCGUGGUCACCUCAAAAACCUUGGCUCUUGGCUCGGAUCACUAACCAUAGCUAAGGACAAGCCCGUCAAACACAAGAAUGUCUAUUUUAAGGGUCUUUUGUUGGAGGGAUUUGACAGCCAACGUCUAACAAUUGUGAUCCCGUUUACCUGCAAGGUGUUGGUCCAGGCCACCAAAUCUACUGUCUUCAAGCCACCAAAUCCUUGGUUGAUGGACGUUCUUGCUUUGUUGAUGGAGCUCUAUCACUUUGCAGAACUGAAACUAAAUCUCAAGUUCGAGAUUGAAGUGUUGUGCAAGGAUCUCGACCUUGACCAUAAAGCAAUCGAGCCCUCAGUGAUUAUUCGAGACCGCUCGGCGCACAUAGAGGAUGCUUUGUCGACUGCAAACAUCCCUGAAGGGCUUGAAGCGUUCGAGGACAUGCCUCUUGCCAGCAUUAGCCAAGGCAUCCGACACGAAAGGCUAUCUCCCGCUGCCAUUAUGUCAACCCUCCCAAGCCUGGACAAGAUUCUCGUUCUCCCGUCGUCUGCAAGCAGCAUGGUCGAUCCUAAUGUCCUUCGGCAGAUUGUACACACUGCCGUAGAACGCGCUAUUGCAGAAAUUAUAACACCUGUGGUGGAGCGUUCUGUGACUAUCGCUUCUAUAUCCACUGUUCAACUCAUAUCUAAGGAUUUUGCAAUGGAGCCCGAUGAGGAAAAAGUCCGACGCGCAGCUGGCAUAAUGGUCAGACAGCUUGCUGGCAGCUUAGCCCUUGUGACCUGCAAGGAGCCUCUCAAGGUCAGCAUGACCAACUAUAUCCGCAUGAUCCAGCAGGAAUAUUCGGAUCAGCCCAUGCCAGAAGGGUUGAUUUUGAUGUGUGUCAAUGAUAACCUCGAUGCCGCCUGCGGUAUUGUCGAGAAAGCGGCAGAGGAGAAGUCACUCCCCGAGAUCGAAAAAGUGAUUGAACAGCAAUUAAAUUCUCGCCGCCAGCAUCGUGCCACCCGGCCCAAUGAGCCAUACAUUGAUCAAAAUAUGAAUCGCUGGGGUCUUUUCAUCCCCGAGCCUUACCGACAAGCACCAGGCGGUCUCAACAAGGAGCAAUUGGCAAUAUAUGAGGAGUUCGCCCGCCAAUCCCGAGGAACGGCAACAACUCAUGCCCAGAACGUGUCUACGGACUCGGGCCGGCAGCUUCAGGACGUCCUCCCAGAAACUUAUCCUCCGAUACCAAAUCUUUCCACACCGGCUGAGCCACCUGCUGUACCGCAUAGGACACCGCAGGGGCAACAAGAUGCUAGGUUACAGCAGUCAGGGCUUGUUGGUGCGCAAUCUCAGCUCAACGGAUUCCUCGAUGCGCAGAGUCCACGCGAAAAGGUGGAGAAUAUCGUGACAGAGCUUCAGCAAGCGGCCCGCAUUGCGACAGAGGAACGCGUUAAAGAUCUUGGAAGGGAUAGUGUCGUAUUACAGGAGUACAACCAGGCAUUGCGCACUAUUAUUGCCUCUCCAAACGGCGAAGAAUUAGCGAGAAUGACAUCGCUCAAAAUUUGCACAAGUUUGUAUGCGCAGAGCCAGGCUACGCUGGAAGUUGAGGUUCUUGUGCAUCUUCUUGCCAAGUUGUGCGACAUGUCUUCCCUCGUUGCUCGGUAUACAUGGACAGUCCUCUCUGAAGUUGAGGACGAGCAUAUAUUCAAUGUCCCGGUCUCGGUUGCUCUCAUCGACGCUGGCCUUCUGGAUAUCCGGCGUGUCGACAUGAUUCUUACAAGGCUUAUUGCUCAGAAGGCUUCGGGAUCCCUCGACCUUCUCGCUAGUAUCCUGGACCGGGUACUUUUUAGCGAGGAACCAUCUGCCCUGAGAUCCGAUUUCUCAGGCAGUCUUGGAGCGAUGAGUCAAUGGCUUGCGGAGGAUUCGGGCCUGCCCACCGCCAACAACAUUCUCCACAAACUGCGCGAGUCCGGAAUUCCCGAAGUCAUCAACCCUCUCCUCACCGAUAAAGCAAGAUCUAAACGAGACCAAAUGGAAUAUAUCUUCAGCGAAUGGAUUGGCAUUUACAAAGCUCCUGGUGCCGUCGAUCGCACGUACUACUCGUUCCUCAAGGACAUGCACCAAAGGCAGGUUAUGGAUAACCAAGAAGACUCAGCUCUGUUCUUCCGUCUCAGCAUCGACAUCUCUGUUGCGAUGUUCGAACAUGAGUCUCAAAAUCCUAGUGGUAGCCUUGACGAAGCGUUCCUUUACAUUGACGCCCUUGCCAAACUGGUUGUCUUGCUUGUUAAGUUUCAGGGCGAUAACGAGGGCUCACUGAAGACGAGUAAACCCGUUUACUUCAACUCGAUCUUAUCACUGCUAGUCCUUGUCCUGAACCAUCAUUAUGUCAUGAGAGGAGAGGCCUUCAAUCAACGAGUGUUCUUCAGGCUCUUCUCAAGUAUCCUGUGCGAGUAUUCCAUGAAUGGGCUUCAGCAGAGUGAUGAUCAUCAGGAGAUGAUGUUCGCCUUAGCCAAUAAAUUCCUGUCUCUCCAGCCCCAGUAUUGCCCAGCGUUCGUCUAUGGAUGGCUCUCUUUGGUGUCUCAUAGGUUUUUCAUGUCCGGCAUGUUGAACAUGCCAGAACGAGCAGGCUGGGGCCCGUACUGCGAGAUUAUGCAAGCACUGCUUUCUUAUAUCGGCGAGCAGCUCAAGCCGGCCAGCAUCUCAUAUGUUGCUAAGGACCUGUACAAGGGGGUGCUCCGUGUCUUACUCAUUUUGCAUCAUGAUUUCCCAGAAUUUGUCGCAGAAAAUCAUUUCCAGUUCUGCAAUGUCAUUCCUGCUCACUGUGCGCAGCUUCGGAACCUUGUUCUGAGCGCUUAUCCGUCCUCUUUCCACAAGCUCCCGGAUCCUUUUAGGGAAGGACUGAAAGUGGAACGCCUUGAAGAGAUGCGAGAUGCACCAAGGAUUGCCGGUGACACAGCUGCUCCUUUGCAGCGUGCCAAUAUCAAGAGCAUCGUGGACAGCGCUCUGCAGAGUACCAGUGCUUCGGAAACAGCCCUUCAGCAGAUCUGCGACGCUGUGUACAACUCGACAGGAAAAGACUCUGGUCUUUUCUACACCCCCAUCAACGUUAAUGUUGUGCUACUGAACGCCCUUGUGCUCUACAUUGGCCAAGGGGCAGUCUCCGUCAACGCCUCAAAGGGCAACACUCGCGCAGCGUUCGAUAACUCUGCCCACUCGGCACUCUUGGAGAAGUUGGCUAAGGCCCUACGGCCUGAAGCACGUUAUUACCUCUUGAGCGCAAUGGCAAAUCAGCUCCGAUACCCCAAUAGCCACACAUACUUUUUCAGUUUUGCCAUUCUCCGUUUAUUUGGCACGGAUUCCACGGAGCAGGAUGAGUCCGACAUACGCCAGCAAAUCAUCCGAGUUCUUUUGGAGCGGUUGAUAGUUCAUCGCCCUCACCCCUGGGGGCUGAUCAUUACACUUCAGGAGCUACUUCAAAAUCGAAGCUACACCUUCUUCCGCCUCCCCUUUAUCCAGGCUGCGCCUGAGAUUGGCCGUCUGUUUGAUGCCCUCUUGCAGCAUAUCCAACAGCAGAGCCCCAGGGCAUUAACCUAA